GCCUGGUAAGUCGAGAGAAAUAGAACGAGAUAACAACGAGGAACAUGAGCGGGAACAUAUUGCAAUUGCAAGUAAAUCAGAAGUCGCACCCAUAUCAUCGAACCACUUUCUUAUCAUCAGUAAUGGACGAUCUGGAACGCAUUUAUUGAUGCAUUUGUUGAACAAUCAUCCAGAGGUGAAAGCAUAUGGAGAACUUUUGCAGACGGAAAUACUACUGAAACCUAAAGGCAUUAUGGGUAACAAAACGGCCAUCUUGAAUUAUCUCUCUAAGGAAUUAUGUAAAUUAAAGAAGUAUUGUGAACAAGGCAAGAAAAUCGGAUUCAUACUUUUGAACUGGCAAAUAUCAAAGAUGGCAUCAUUUUUGACACUAAAUGAUAUUUUGGAUCAUAUGGGUAACCCAAAAAUUAUCAUUCAAUAUCGAGUGAAUACAUUAAUGUCGUAUUCCAGUCUACAAAUUAACAAAGCAACUGGUGUUGCGAAUGCUAAUAUCCCUAACAGAAAUGUAAGCGUUGAAAUAACCUGGCGUAACUUUGAGAAUUAUGUGAAAAGGAAACGUAUUGAGUGGGGUGACACUCUCAAAUCCAUUACUAAUCGGACAAAAACAUAUGUGUCAUAUGAAGAACUUGUAGCAAAACAAUACACGUCUAUUGGUAGGCUAUUUGAAUACAUUGGUGCGUCUGAAUAUCGUGGAACACUAGCAACCAAAAUAACAAAGUUGAAUCCAACAUCAUUAGAAGCGAGAAUAUCAAACUAUGAUGAAGUAAAAAUAGAUAUGGAAGAAGCCCCUAAGAAGCUUUUACAACUAAAUCUUGCUACAGAGAAAGAUGUGACAACAAUCUAUGACGAUGAUGAAAUUAACUGACUCAAAAACUCCAACAACAAUCUGUAGAUACCUAUAUAUCUUAUUAAAAUAAUCCAGAAUAAACCUCAUCUAUCUUAUACCUAUAUCUUACUUUUUUAUCGCCGGUGUGCAUUUAUUGCAAACUACAAUAAAG